AUGGCCUCUAACUUUACCUAUUCAUUUUUCCCUAUCUCGAAAACGGAUGGAAUCAACGCCUCCGCUCAAAAAUAUCGAGACCUACGCUUAAAAGCAUUGAAGACUUCACCUGGGUCUUUCUCGUCUACUUACGACAUUGAAGCAGCUUUCAGCGACGCGGAUUGGGUCGAUCGCCUCACUGUUCCAGAUCGAGAAGUUUUCAUUUGUGCCGCCACGCCAUCCAAUUGUGAUCGCAUUUGCCCCGAUGACAUUCAAUGGAUCGGUCAAGUCACUCUUCGAGGGCCUUCAUCUAGCGCCGAUUUUGAGUUACCCCUAGAAGCCGGCCAGCCACCUCAGAGAUCUGACGAGGAGGAAGAGCGAUGGCAGAUGUUAAGCCUGUUCACCCUCCCGGAACAUCGCGGCCGUGGACUCGGCAGCAAAUUGUGCCAGUCGUCCAUUGAUACUCUUCGGUCGUAUAGGGCCUCUCCUCGGGAUAUUCAAAUCCGGCUCAUUGUUAAGGCGGGAAAUGAUGUUACUGUUGAACUAUACCGACGACUGGGCUUUAUUCACGCUGGAAGAGCGACUCUCGUUGAAGCCCUCAUCGCAAAUGGAGAUGAGCACCUUAUCCCGAAAGAUCAGGAUCGGAACUCGGAAACGUACACAAAACGACAAGGAUUGAUUAUGAUAUCGCGUGUAUCACGCUCAUGA